CUGAAAGUGGAUUGGACCAGCGGCGCGAGGGGGGAGCAACGAAAAACUAGCUUGCUGUCAGUCACAGCAGCCUCAGUUUGUCCCCGUUGCCAGGCGCAGCUGCUGGACACAAAUAUUGUUAGGUGAAACUACUGCGUCGAGAACUUUCGAUUUUUUUGUAGCUUUUUGAUAAUACAAUUUAAUGAAAAGGGAAUACAUUAGUCUGCUUUAAUAAACUGUGGAAGGAAACUGAUCAUCUGGAAGAGGACAAUUUUCAGUGCCUGCGCAUUUGGAUUACUGUACUAAAUGCGAACAAAAAGGAGAUAUUUGGACAUAAAUUAUGGACUUUAUCGAACAAAACAAACAUUUAUUGUGGAACUGGGAUUCCUGGGAGUGCAUUCUGAUGAAGAUCAAAGUGAAGCCUCAUCAAGAGAACAUUUUUUUGUCAUCCUAUAAAAUGAUGCCAAAGCAGCUGGCCCGCACCUCACCUGGGAGUGUGUGUUCCCUCCGUGGUAUCAGCAUCCCAGGAUCCCUAGCCGUGGCCAUCACAGCCAAAAUGGACAAUCAGGUCAUUGGCUAUAAGGACUUGGCAGCCAUCCCCAAAGACAAGGCGAUACUGGACAUCGAGAGGCCGGACUUAAUGAUCUACGAACCCCAUUUCAAUUACACGCCUCUGGAACUAUCGGAGGUGCCCCGAAGCAGAGAGAGGUCCAUGUCUCCGUGUUCAUUCUCCCACCCGGCUUCUCCUGAGACCAUUCUUUUCAAGGAUCCCAAGGAGUGGCUGGAGAGCAGGGAGUCACCUGGAGGGUCAUCAGCAGGUUCAAACCUCCAGCUCAAAACCAGCUCUGCAUUAGACACCGCCACCAAGCUCCCCACACAGCACUUUCACAGGCCAGAUAAUGGAAUGAAUAUAUACAAGAAGCCACCAAUUUACAAACAAGAUGUAUUAGCAUCCAUCCCCCAGGGGAAACACAUAGAGGAUCUCAUCAUUGAGUCAUCUAAAUUCCCUGCCGCCCAGCCACCUGAUCCCAACAAACCCUCCAAGAUUGAGACAGAUUACUGGCCCUGCCCCCCCUCCCUGGCUGCAGUUGAGACAGAGUGGAGGAAGAAGGCUGAGUCCCGGAGGAGGGAGGAGGGAGAGAGGGAUGAGGAGGACGAUGAAUAUGACAAUGGAGACCUGUCCGAUGAUAUGUGGGGACUACGGCAACUGCAGAAGCAGGAGCUCAACAAAAUUCAGUCGAACUUGGGAAAGAUAAUCUUGAAAGAGGAGCUGGAUAAAGCUGUGCCCAUCCGCAGGAAAACUCGCUCACUGCCUGACCGGACAGCAAUGCACAUGGGGUCAUCCUCCAAUGCCUCCAAAAACAUACAUUUCCGAGCAACCAGUAGGAGUGGUCAGACCAGGCUCCAGUCUGCCGAGUUCACCCAAUCUGACAGUGACAGAGGAGGACCAGGCCUCCAGGUAAGAAUGUUUGUACCAAUGCCAUCUGAAAACAUGAUAUUAAUCUUGUGUCGAGCCAUUUGUCUACAUUUGGAUCAAAACAUCUUGCCAUCUUGGUUUUACACUGAUAAUGGAGAUUCUCGGAGAGGAAGAAUGGACAGGGGAAACUCACUGCCAAGUGUGCUGGCUGAGAAGAUAUAUCCAUAUGAAAUGCUCCUAGUGACCCACAGGAGAAGGAAUAAACUCCCACCAGGAGUAGACAGGAUGAGACUGGAGAGGCAUCUGUCCAUGGAGGAAUUCCAGAAUCUAUUUGGGAUGCCCAUUGAGGAAUUUGAUCGCCUCUCCCUCUGGAAGCGGAAUGACUUGAAGAAGAGGGUUUCCCUUUUUUAGUGAGGAGACCUACCUACACAUCAAAAGCCACCGCACUUCCUUGGGGAAUUAGAUAAACUGUCCAAUGCAACAACCCAGGAAGGGAGAUUAAAUUAAUGUCUGUCAUAUCUUUGCCAAAUCGGAUGCUUUGAAUCCCCAUUCCUUAUAUCAACUCUAUAACAACUCUAUAAAGGGUCAGAGCCUUCAUAUACUCUUGAAUUGUAGUUGCAGCAGCAGAGAAGAAACCUAAUAAGAGGACAGAGGCUUGGGCCAAGUAGAGAUUUCAUGAAGUCUUUGUAUUUGGUCCGUACUGACAGGCCCACCAAUAGAGUUAGAUUGGACUGCCCACAUAUACCUACAGUAAGCUGUUUUACUGCUAAUCAAAGUUAUGGAUGGCUAAUUCUCAGUUACUAGAGCACUGCCACAUGUGAAGCCAUAUCGAUUUAUUAAUUAAACCACAAAUACCAAUAAAAUAUUUUCGUUUAUAGAAUUGGAGCACAAGAUGGAUGCCUCAAUUUCAAUACACCUUGAAAAAUUCCCUAUUUCAAAAUACAAACAUUGCACUAAGCUGAAUAGUCCACUUAUUUUUUUAAAUAAAUAACAAUUUGAAGUGUAAAUCAAUAAUUUGUAAAUCAAUAGUUAAAGUUUUUUAAGGUGUGCUGGUUUAGUGACUAUUGUGUCCCAAAUGGUACUUUAUUCUCAUGUAGUACAAACCUUUUGACCAGGGCCCACAGGGCUCCCAUACGGCUCUGGUCAAAAGUAGUGAACUACAUAGUGAAUAGGGUGCCAUUUGUGAUGCACAAUACAAUCUGUCAGACUCAGUCACUCUACACAUCAGGUGUAGAUUUAUAGAACAUAAAACCUUACCUCCAAGAUGUCUGCAUCUUAACCCUAUCCAGACAUGCAAACAUACAAAUGAUCAAAAUCAUCCACGACUUAUAGCCAAUAUAGGUUUCUUGCUGAAUGAUUGUCUAAACAGUACAUAUUGCCCACUUGAAAAAAAGUGUGCUCUUAUUAUUUUACUACUGGUAUGUUGGAUGAAGUGUAGUUUUCCUGUUUUAAAAGGUGAGAACAUUAAGGAGUAUUCAUAGAAUAAGUUAGCUUCAAAAUCUUGUUGGACGCUUACCUUUACAACACUGGCCACUGACCUGUUUAUAUAUCAAGUUUGUACACCACUCCAGAAGGGUUUUAGACAUGUUGCUUUUGUGACCAAAUAAUGUACAGCUAUUUUUUUAUUAGAAAAAAAUCCUUUCAUGUAUCAAUACAAGAAUGUAGGGUAAAUAAACACAUUCAUCAUUAAAAAGAAGGAAGAUAACCACCUCCCUUACAAAUGCACUACAUUGGAAUGAGGACAGGAGGACAAUGGACUAGGAGGGUCACCACUGGGGGAACAGAAGGAGUUGAGAGCAAGAGACACAAGGGGCUGCUUCCUGUGUUCCGCUAUGACCACAUCAACCUCCAUAUUGGACUGAAGCAGUGGCCGGGUGGAGGUGUGGCCUCUUAUACCCCCUAACUGACAAUGUCAUGGCACAAAAAAAAAAAUAUUUGAGUCAUUUAGCCUACAUCCAUCCGAGGCCAGCCUUUCUGUCCACUUUCCCUGUGCCUUGAAUGCUACAGUCGAGUUCUUCCCAAAUGGCACCCUAUUUGGUAUAUAGUGCACUACUUUUGACCAGGACCAAUAGGACUCUGGUCAAAAGUAGUGCACUAUUUAGGUGCACUAUAAGUAGUGCACUACAUAUUGUGCCAUUUGGGACAUAGUUACAGUGUGGAGCCUGUUAAGGUCCUGGUCAGGCCUCACUCCAGUCAUUUUUCUUAUCAUCAGGUGAGGUGGUAGCAAAGACACUGUCACAAAAUGUUUUGAGUUGGCACACAUCUGAUGUGCCUCUAGAGCCCCAACUAGGGAUGUAUGAAUGUCAACCAUGGAGCAUCAGUGUAUUCUAUCUAAGAACAUUUUUGAGUGGUCAUUGCACAUAUCCACUUUGUGACUGCUUUGCUUUUGGUUUUAGUUCUGCCUGUGUUUUUGAAAGACAAGGGGCCCGGAAGGAUUGCAUUAUGAACAAGCCCUUGAGCUGGAAACUGUUCACUCGAUGGUGAGGGUAAUAGACAAUCUUCUAGAUUCCAUGCUCCAGUAUAUAAUAUUGAUGACAUUGUCUUUACCAAUGUGAUACUGAGAAUACACCCUAUUCAUAAUGCUUUCAAAUGCUCUCACUGUAUCAAGCAUGGUAGUUAAGACAUUGUCACAGCAUCAUCUAAGCUUAUCUUCAUGCUUUGUAUGUGAAAGUGGGCUGGGGAAACAUUUUAAGGAAAUAUUGAGUUAGAGUGAUUGGUUUGUACCUCACUUCCUAGGUUUUUUGAAUCUGUAAGUCAUUAAAAUACUGAGGUUUUUUUAUGUAGUUUUAGAUUAACCUGAUUUGAUAACUAAUAUAAUGACAAAAGUGUAUAUGAUUGAUUACAUUUACAUUUACAUUUAAGUCAUUUAGCAGACGCUCUUAUCCAGAGCGACUUACAAAUUGAUUAGUACCAUUGCAAGAUUGAGCUCAGAUAUUGUACAUUGUUUUGUGUAUUCUGAUGCAACUAGGGUGCAAAACAUACACAGCAAUGAAUGCACACAAGCAUAUUUUCUCAUUUAAACUAAGGUGAAAGAGGACUGAAAUGAUCAAUGGUGAGUGGAAAUAAAAUGCAUUUUUUGGUUUGAGGAAAA